AAUUGAAGUAACCGGGCUCCGUGAUCGCAAGCUGAAGACUUGGAAGAUUUUAAAGAUAGCAUCCUUAGCCUUGUAACCUCUGGAAGGGACCGAAGGCAGCAUAGCGCAGCAGUACAAGCAACUUAGUAGCAGCCUUUGCAGUGUUACAUUUUGACUGAUCUAUCAAUUGGCAUUUUAUACCGAAACUCUGUCCGAAGAAAAUGAGUCAAGGAGUUAUUUACCAAAUCGACUUCAAUGCAGUAGCAGCCGGGAAGCGAGUCUCUUCUUCCAAAAGAAAGAUCAGAUGGUACGUAUUUGUAGCCAAUAAUUGUUGCCGAUGUCGAUUGCUUUCGGAUUCUUAUUUUCAAAGUCAUAGGCGACUCGGAUCGACUCUAUUUUGCUCGGUGUUGCUUUCGUUCACUUGGAAAAGAUACGAAAUUAACAAUUGAUCUUUCACUUGCUUCGACAUCAUCAUUGCACUGGAAUGCUCCUGUCAAUAUGUAAAACAUCAAAUUUUCAGGCGCUUUGGAUUUGCUAACAAGCAGGCGUUGGGAGAAGGCCUGAACGGAACAGAUUGUCGUGGGGAGGAACACGAUGUGACUAUUGUGUGGUCGAUCACAUCUGGGAAGCGUCAAAUUAUGAUGGAUGGAAAAGAAGUUCACUACUCUACCAACCGUGCUGGUGUUCUUGAUCAUAGUUGGCAACUCAAAGGAAAUCAUGUGGUGAAAGUAACUUGCCAUGCAGCCCCUCCGAUGUCUGCGCAACCUGGAUUUCGCCAAUACGAUUUGUCGAUCGACGGCCAAUCUUUUUUUUCCAUGCCCAAGGUCUUUCAGAUUGGCAUCAAGGGUGCUGUUCCUGGCCAAAGUCCAGGUCGAUACAGAGGCUACCAAUCGCAUACUCAGAACUUCAGUAGUGAUGCGCCCUUGACGAGAGAACAGGAAGAUGCGCAGCUGCAUAAAGCUAUCCAAGCAUCCAUCAAUGAAAGUCGACAGCAUUUAGGGGAGAUUCCAAAGGGAAAUCCUCCUCCCAGCAAUAACACCAGUGAUUUGCUAGGAUUUGCCGGCCCACCCGCACCUCAGCCAGGGGCGUACGCCCCUCCCUCUUCGGACGCGAGAUCCGUGGCGAGUUACUACAGCGCUCCAACCACAUAUGAUCAGUCAUUCCAAUCCCCUCCCCCUCCAACCUAUCCAACCCCCGCACCAGCACAACCUAGUGUUGCACAAGGUGCCAUUGUACCAGCGGUCGCUCCCCCUAGUUACUACCAGGCUCCACCGCCACCUGCCGCGGUUCCCACGUAUGCUAGUCCGUCACCUGUUCCUCCGCAAUAUGUCAGCCCACCGCUGCCGCCGCAACAAGCAGCCUUUACCAGUCCCCCUCACGUUCCUCCCGCUCCGGCAUCGACGCCUGUCGGUGACGUUUUUGGUCUCCAUCAAGCACCUGUAAACGACCCAUUUGCUCCCAAACCACCUCCCCCAGUCGACUUGGCAACUGCUGUCAUGAGUGCGUACCACUCACCACCCACUGGCACUGCCACACCCCAGACACCGAUGAAUGAGCGUAAUGAAGCACAAUCUGCAACUCCUCAAACGAACGGCAACAACGGAGCAGCUCUAUCCAUGAACUCGUUGACAAUCGCUUCGGCCGCCGAAGAGAAACCUAAAAGCGAAUUUGAAAGGGCUCUGUGCAACUUGGUGAACAUCGACCACAUCGACGAACCAGCAGAAGGAGAGGUCAAGUUGACAAUGAUGAGAAAAGAUGAGAAGAAGAAAAAGGCAGUCAACGGGAAGAGCGUUCCAAAACCACCCAUCUGUCUGGGCAUCGCGGGUUCCAAUGCACCCCUUUCUCAAAUUCAGAAGGAUUUUGCAUCUCCAAAAAGCCAAACCACGGAAGGAGUCAUGAACGCACCCCCACCAGGAGUAUUUAGCCCCCAUGCCGCACAGGGUGGAGCUCUUGUCGUACACGGACAAGGGCCACCUCCUCUUCAACAGGCGCAAGGCUUUGGUGUUGGUGCCAUGUUGCCAAACGGGGGUUUCCAGAACCAAAAGAACGCUGUUCCGGGUCAAUACAUGCAACAACAAAGACUCUACCAAUAAACGAUACGGAAUGCAAUAUUCUUAUCCGAAGUUGAUUCAUACAUGUUUUUGACACUACUAGAACUUAAACUUUCGCUGUUUUCCCACCACUCUCCCUCGCGCUGUCAGCGAUGGAGAGAGAGGAGAAAGAAUCCAAAUAUCAACCUUAGAUAAUUCAUUUUUUCGCUCUGUUCUUGUGAUACAAACAAAACAAUUCAAACGUC